AUGGCCUCCAACAACUCUCUCCCAAUUGCUGUUUUCCCCCGGAAAAUCUCAACUUCUGCCGCGGUCGAUCUCUACGAUCCGUUAGUCGAGCGCAAGUUUCCUGACGCGUCAAAAUAUAAUUUGGUGGUUCUCAGUGGUGGAAUGGCAGAUGUAUCCUACUCUUUGCCUUGGGUACUUGAUGUGUUGGAGUAUGUGCGAAUGGUCGCACGAGACUUCCCUGCGACGAAGAUUCUUGGGAUUUGCUGGGGUCACAAUGCUGUAUCUCGGGCACUUGGUGGACAGGCUACUAUUGAAGAUAUCCACCUCACGGAAGCCGGAAAACAGUUCUUUCCGUUUGCCGCGACAUCUGGCUCUACCUUCAUUCUCCUGGCAGAGAAUCACGAGUGCUUCGUCAACGAAACAAACAACGUCCCCACUUUCCAAGCCCAUCCCAAGCUCUCGAAUGAUAUGGCCAAGAAGAUGCUUUUGGGGGGUACAACGGAAACUUCUACGGAGCAAUUGGAGAAGGAAUUUGAGAAACUGGACAAGCCCACUGAUGGUGUCAAACUACUUGAACGGAUCAUUCAAUGGCUCAAAGAGUAG